UUGCUCCCUUGCUUAAUUUAUAAUGUUGCAGGUGCUCCUACGUCUACAACUGGUACGACCGAAAUCAUCGACAAUACCGAACAGAACCUUGUCGCAUUUCGUCGCGAAGUCUAUCUCACUAUACAGUCAUCGCUGGAUUUCCAAGAAGCCGCUCAUAAACUUUUGAAGAUGCAUGUUGCCAAAGAGAUGGAGCCAGAACUGUGCCAUAUGCUUGUGGAUUGCUGCUGUCAGCAGAGAACAUAUGAGCGCUUCUAUGGUCUUCUUUGUGAAAGAUUCUGCCGGUUGCGGAAAGAAUAUCAGAUGACAUUCGAAAAAAUUGCUUGUGAUACGUACGCGACAAUACACAGAUUCGAUAUAACCAAGUUAAGAAACAUGGCGCGUCUCAUCUCUCAUCUUCUUUUUACUGAUGCCAUUUCAUGGACGAUUUUCUCUGAUGUCAAGUUGACUGAAAACGAUACUACCUCUUCUGGUCGCAUCUACCUGAAAUAUGUCUUUCAAGAAUUGUGUGAAUCAAUGGGACUGACGAAGCUGUACGAGCGAGUCACUGAUCCAACGUUGCAACAAGCCUUCGCUGGUUUGUUUCCACGUGAUAAUCCACAAAACACGCGAUUCGCCAUCAACUUCUUCACGCUCACUGGUCUUGGUGGACUAACGCUUGAUCUCCGGCAGUUUCUCGAGAAGGGUAUGAAGAAAAAGAAAGAAGAAUCUGUUGAUGAGUCGUCAUCGUCGUCAUCUUCAUCAGAUUCAUCGGAUGAUUCCAGCGACAGUGAUAGCGACAGCGACGAUGAUGAUGACUCAGGUGUGUUGCCCAUUAGAAGCGAGUUUGUUAGUGAGACUACAGUAGAUUGCCAGUAA